AUGUCGCUUCUCACUGAGCCACGAACCGGACGUUGGACAGAUGAGAGCAACCACCAUCAUCUCCAGUGGUUGCAAAGUGACAACCAAGCCCAAUGGCUCAAAGUUGUUGUAGCCAUCUGCCUCACGCUUAGCACACCUUAUGUAUUUCGAAUACUCGUCAGCAGCUUCAUCGGCUUUGCAGGAUGGUUUUCUUCAAGAAGAAAAAAUUCGAACCCAUCCCAGGAUGAAGAGAUACAACCAACGACAUCUACGAGCAUCAUGAACGACGCGAAGACCGGAAGGCAAAUACUACGAAGCGUGUACGUCACAUUCCGCCAAAAAGAGUCGAUACUCGAGAUUCGACACCAAUUUUUCUAUUUCUUCGUCCUUAGUACUUUGUGUUUUGCUUUCUUCUCUCAGAUCAUCGCAAGUUCCAUUCUCACGGACAAGAUGAUGACAAAUCGCGUGGGCCUACUAGCAUCAGAGACGUGCGGUCUCUAUGAGUAUGACAACGAAAAGUGGGGUGAGGAGCAAGCCUCUCGUGUUGAUAGCCUGAUGGUAAAGAGAGAAAACAGAGCAGCCAUCUACGCUCAAGAAUGCUACGAUUGGGGCAAUGAUAAGAAAGGCAAGGCUAUGACCUGCGACUUCUUCUACAACUCGACUUUGAAGUACACUAUCAGUAAGUCGUCAUGUCCGUUCUAUGAGAGUGAGAUUUGUCACACCGGCGCAUUACCCGGUUCGGCAAUCACCUUCGAUACGGAUUACCUGGACUCGAGUUUACUUGGCAUCAACGCCAACCCGACCUACACUUUCCGACGAACAACAACGUGUGCUCCACUGAGUGACCAGCCGCCUUACGUCCAGCACUUCUCCAAUAGUCCAACUGACCAUGGGUUCCUAUAUCAAUACGGCGGGCUUUACAACGUCGACGACGAGUGUGCUAGUACGCCCAAGAUGAUAACGGACUACACCAUGCGGGUGGUAGGUCAUCCUUUCGAGUGGCUGGCACCAGUGUAUCGCUUGAACACAUGGGCCACGUCCCUAGGCAAUCCUAGGUGCGACUUCUAUCAGCCAAUUGCGAAACUCAAAGCACCUGGACUGGAUACCUUAAAGAGAACUAAAACACUCACGAUCGUGUUCGUCACAGCUCUACAUAUCGUUUACACUCAAAAGAGCGUCGAUCCUAUUUUCCCAGCUGGCGAUAAGUAUAUAUUUCCAGGUGGUACCGUGGAGUACUUUAAGAACGGAAGUCCAAAAUCGCGCUCAUUCGCAUGCAUAGACGAGACCCGCUUCUGUGAUCCGACUAACACGUACUGCUGGCAUGAGUAUGCGAAGAUACCAGACCCGGUUUCCCAUAUCGCUAAGGAUCCAGCGUAUUGGUUCAUGGUGAAUGCGCUCAAAAAGUCCAACACAUACGACUCGAUCAAGUUGCGACUCGGGAGCAGUCUCCUAGCACAGCAGCGUGUUGGAGAGGCUAGAUCACAGGCUUUGGCCAACAAUCACUGGGAGCUCGAAGCGGAACACAUGUUCAAGACAUCUUUGGCAAGAGCUCAAUUUGACGCCUGGAGUCUAGCAAGUGGGGAAGACCACGAUCAAGAUACUUACAAGAACACCGUCGAUGAGUUCGCGGAGAGCAUGUGCGGUCUCUUCAAAUUCCGCGCCGCUGGGCACGUCAACAUACGCAUGUGGCCAUUUUGGUUACUAUGCUCUGUAUUGCCAAUCACGUUCCUCUUGAGUGUGGAGCUCAAGACUUACAGGCAGAUAUGUCAUGGUGCUAUGCGUUCGGCAAGAGACCAACUCGUUAAAAAGAGCAAGGCCCCGACAAGUGAUUCUGCUGCAGAUGGUCUUGUCGCAGACAGCGAUACAAAUGAUGAUGCCUUUGUAGUAGGAUCCACAUCAUCGACUCGUCGAAGCUCAGAAACACCAGCAGCUCCCGUCGUCACACCCGCGCCGCAAAGCGACACACCGAGCGUAAAGCCAUCCACCGACGAUUCGCUGAUACUAUCGGAUGUCGCAAAUGAUCGGCCGCCUUCUACCAGCACGACAACACCACUUAUCGAUCAUUCAGCGCAUGAACCGCACAACUAUGGGACGCAUAGCGCUGCCCAUAGCAUACGCACCAGUCGAAGCUCUGCGUGUAUGGAUCGAUCAGCAUCUAUUAUCGACCCGUCGGCUCGACCUGGCGUGAACGAUGGAGAGGUUAGUCAACCAAGCGACCAAAACGACCACGAAUGGACACCACUACUCAUACAUGGCCCGAUCCUAAUGGGCGCACGUAUCGUGAAAGCUAUGGGGGAGAAGGGGGUGGAGGGUCCGAUUGAUCAUUUGUCUUCUUAG